AUGCUGAUAAAUCUGGCUCUUACUCUUACAGUACUGGCGAUUGCUUUAGCACAUUUAUUCUUCCUGGGGAAGAAGAAGAAGAUUGCUGACAUUACUACAACUGGUACUGCUACUAUCUCAACUAUCAUCACUAAUAGUAGAAUUCAACCUCUCCCACCUUCUCCUCCUCAGUUCCCCAUCAUUGACAACCUCCAUCAGCUCGGUUCCCUCCCCCACCACUCUCUUCGUUCCCUCUCUGAUCAACAUGGGCCCCUCAUGCUCCACCUCGGUUGUUGUCCAGCCCUCGCCGUCUCGUCCCCUUGUGUCCUCCGUGGGAUCAUCCAAACCCAUGAUCACUUGUUUUCCAAAAGCCCUUUUUUAAAGGUCCCCGACACUCUCUUCUACCAUAGCCAGGAUAUUGGCUUUGCCCCCUAUGGUGAAUAUUGGAGAGAGAUAAAGAAAGUGACUAUUCUCCAUCUUUUUAGCAAUGAGAAGGUAGGUUCCUAUAAGCAGGUGAGAGAAGAGGAGGUGGCCUUUAUGAUGAAGGAGUUUGAACGAACAACGAUGGUGGAAAUGAUUGAGAGGUUUAAUGCGCUCUCAAGAGAUGUUAUAAGUCGAACAGUAAUUGGCAAGGCGGCAAGAAGGAGGUGGUGGGGGGCUGAGUUAAGGAUUCUUAUUGACAACAUUUUGAGCAAAUAUGUUGAAUGUCUUUUCCUUUGA